GAAAAAAAAAAAAAAAGAAAAAGAAAGAAAGGCAGAAUCACUGGUGUCCACCAUACCCACCAUCUUCCUCCUCACUUCUCUCUCGCGCGAGAAAACCGAUUGACAACGAUGCAUUGUCCGAUACACUUUGCGGGAGCUUAAUGAUUCUGUUCGGUCAUUUUCUAGAAAUUCAUUAAUCGAAUUAUGUAUUUUUUUAUAAAAUAUUCGCCAUGAACAAGAAAGCUUUGGCGGUUUUGAUGCGUGCCAGAAUGAGGCCAACCGAUCCAAGCAAGCUCGCUCUUUCUCCUCUUUCUAAGGAGGCUAAUCAGAUGAUAUCCAAUUCACAAGAGAAACAAUCCGGUCAAGAUGGAUUCAGAAAGCCCGAUGCCUCGAGCAAGAUAGAGAGGUCGUUUGAGCAUGUGCAAAAAUCGAUGCACUUGGCCAUAUCAAUGAAUAAAACAGACAUGGAUGCAGAGCUUAAUGAAUUUUCAGAGGGGUACUUUAGCCUUUCGCAUGAAAACCGCCAGAACUUAUUGCUCAUACUUGCCAAAGAUUAUGAUCUCAAUAGGAUGCAAAUUCGUGAACUCAUUAAGCAAUAUCUUGGACUUGAGCCACCAAACAUUUCAGGGAGUGAAGCUCAAUUACGAAGUGGUCAGGAGGAAGGUUUUCUCUCAGCUUUCUAUCGUAUAGAGCAGAACUUGAGGCAUGCCCUUAAGCCUGUGUAUGAUGUUCUCUUUGAGCGGCUCAACACACAUCCUGGAGGGUUGAGGUUUUUGUCAAUUCUUCGAGCUGAUAUUUUAUCAAUUCUCGCGGAAGAAAACAUUGCAUCUUUACGAGCAUUAGAUUCUUAUCUAAAGGAUAAACUUAGUACUUGGCUGAGUCCUGCUGCUUUAGAGCUUCAUCAGAUUACAUGGGAUGAUCCUGCUUCUUUGUUGGAAAAGAUUGUGGCUUAUGAGGCUGUCCAUCCAAUUAGUAAUCUUAUUGAUCUUAAGAGAAGGCUGGGAGUUGGUCGUCGUUGUUUUGGAUAUUUUCAUUCAGCUAUUCCUGGUGAACCUCUUAUUUUUAUUGAAGUUGCACUUUUGAAGAAUGUGGCUCAGACAAUACAGGAAGUUUUGUGGCAUGAUCCUCCCAUUCCUGAGUGUGACUCAACAUGUGCUUUGUUUUACUCCAUAUCCUCAACUCAGCCUGGCUUGGCAGGGAUAAACCUUGGGAAGUUCCUUAUUAAACGGGUUAUAACACUGGUUAAAAGGGAAAUGCCACAUAUUACUACAUUUGCAACACUAAGCCCUAUCCCAGGGUUCAUGCAGUGGCUUCUAUCCAAGUUGGCUUCUCAGUCAAAACUUGCUGCAGAAGAAAACAUAUCAAAUUCAUCAAAAGAUACUUCUGCAACCACUUUCUGGGAGAAUAUGCUGGAGCCAGGGGAAGAAAGAGUGCUGAUGGAUUCAUCUGAGAAUUUUGCCUCUGGGAAAAAUGGCAUGGAAGUAGUGUUGAACUUGCUGACAUCAACUAAUCAUGAGUGGACAAAUUCAGCCACAUUGCUUUCAGCGUUAAAACCUUCUCUAAUGCGACUAUGUGUGAGGUACCUUCUGCAAGAGAAGAAAAGAGGGAAAGCUCUAGAUUCUGUUACGAACUUCCACUUGCAGAAUGGAGCGAUGGUUGAAAGAAUAAAUUGGAUGGCAGACAGAUCAGAAAAAGGCCUUCAGCAAAGUGCAGGUAUAAUGGUGAACUAUGUCUACAGGCUAGAGAAUAUUGAAGAAUAUGCCCAGUCAUAUUUCAGCACCGGGCACAUCCAUACUUCAUCUGAUAUUCGUCAUUAUGUUGAGCUACAGAGCCACUGAGAGAGGAUGAAACAACUACAGGCUAUGAUGAUCAGAAAAAGGCGAAUGACAUUCAACUUGCCAUCUCACAUAUGUAAACUUGUCAGUCACAUAAUUCACCAUCUUGCUUAUAUUUGUCUGUUAUUCACUUAAACUAUAUUACUUAUCAUUAAUUUUUCAUUGUUCUACUGAAUCAUUCUCAUCCUGGAGUGAUGCUUCAUUAAGUUUUCCCUUUCUAAGGAAUCAUUAGAACUUUGUUGUAUGGCAAUUAGCAAGGAUGAAUUGUAUACGAGGAUAGGGUAACAAAGUAGAGAUAGUCACAUGAUUUAGGUGCUGGGAUUCUGUUUGUUUUGAGUCAAUAAUUACAGCAAUAAUGU